GCAUGCAACGUCAGUCACACAGUUUCUCUCAAGCUGUUCACUUCAGGACACCAUCUUGUCAGUGGAUAUCUGAUCAUGUUUUACUUUUCCGUACUGUAGGUGUUGAUCUCAAAACCCUGUUUUAUUGGGUAAAUUCUGCAGAAUUUAGCUUAAUUACCUUUUUUUUCAGCCGAAUCUUUUCUAAAUCCUGGUAAAAUGUCUCAACGUGGCAAUCUGGAUUUAGACAGGUACGGCUUAGAGAAAUCUCGUCGCUCUAAUAGUCGUAACCAAUCCAAGACCCAGGCUAAGGAUGGAGAAGUCCUGUGCGACUUCUGUACAACAAGGAAGCAGAAGGCCGAGAAGUCCUGCUUGGUUUGUCUGGCUUCCUACUGCGAGACACACGCCCAGACUCACUACGACUACCCGGCUCUGAUGAAGCACAAGCUGGUCAAAGCCACCGGACAGAUGAGGGAGAAGAUCUGUGCGCAGCACGACAAGCUGCUGGAGGCUUUCUGUCGCGCCGAUCAGACAUCAGUGUGUGUUCUGUGCAUGAUGGACGAGCACAAACACCACGAUAUCGUCCCAGCUGGAACGGAAAGGACCGAGAAACAAAAACAGCUAAGUACCACACUGUACAAAUCACAGCAGAGGAUUGACCAGAGAAUUAAGAAGUGGCAAGAUCUUCGACAAGCUGUGGAAUCAGUUAAGCACUCUGCUCAAUCGGUCCUCGAGGAGAACGAACGGAUCUUCACCGAGCUUCUGCUUUCCAUAGAGAGGAAAUACAACGACGUUAAGGAGAUGAUCCGCUCCCAUGAAAAGACCACGGUGUCGCGGGCCGAGAUCCUGCUCGGCCGCCUGGAGGAGGAGAUUACGCUGCUGAAGAAGAGACACAACGACCUGGAGAAACUGUCGCACACUGACGAUCACAUACACUUUCUACAAAGCUGGCAGUCGCUGUCAGGCCCCUCAGGAUACGAAGACCUGAACAACAUCAGCGUUGCUCCCAAUUUCUCCUUUGAGGCUACAAAGAGGGCCAUCGCUGCACUGAAAAUACAAGUUGAAGAAGUGAGCAAAACAGAAACGAGCAGAAUCUCAGCAGCAGUAAAAGAAGUCUACAUCACACAAGAAAAUGAGACAGAGAUGAGAAGAGAAUCAAGUGUGAGGGAAGAGCCAAGGAUGAGGGAAGAGCCAAGGAUGAGGGAAGAGCCAAAGACAAGGGACGACUUCCUGAAAUAUGCCUGCCAGUUGAUUCUGGACGUCAACAGUGUCCAUCCCAACCUUCACCUCUCUGAGGGGAACCGAACAGCUACGAUGAAGAAUGAUCCUAAGAACUACCCUGACCAUCCAGACAGAUUUGACCACUGGCAGCAGGUGUUGUGCAGGGACAGCAUAUCUGGGACCCGUUGUUACUGGGAGGUAGACUGGAAGGGGACCGAGGUCGACGUGGCUGUCACCUACAGGGGAAUCCCACGCAAAGGAAGUGGCAGCGACUGCAGCCUGGGCUGGAACGAGAAGUCCUGGAGCCUCUACUGCUCAGACUCCAAGUACUCAUUUGUGCACAAUAAUCAGAGCAAAGACAUCCAGGCUUCUGUCUCGCCUCGCAUCGGGGUCUACGUGGACCACGCGGCAGGGAUUCUGGCCUUUUACAAGGUCUCUCAGGGCAUGCAGCUCCUGCACAGAGUCCGGACUACCUUCACCCAGCCGCUCUACCCUGCAUUCAGCGUGUGGGGCUUUGGUACUACUAUAAGACUGUAGGAGGAGCCACUGCAUAACAUGUGGUGUUUACGGAUAUUUUUAGUUUACCUUUUACAAAUAAUUCCUCUUUUAAAUGUGAAAGCAUGAGAGUCCAAUCCACUUGAUCUUUUUUUUUAUCACAGAUAAUUCUGGGGGAUUUUUUCAUUAAUUUAAUUUAAAAGAAACAAAUCCAGUUGUGAGUAGGAAAAAUAUGCAAAAAUAGAUCAUCACGCUGUUUCUUCAUGUCUUGUCUUUUUAUCAGCCAUGUUAAAUCAUCAAGUAUCUCAUACAACAGAUCGUUUGAAUGUUAUGAUAAAAAUGUAAUGUUUUAAUACACAAAUGCUUUGCUGUGAUGUGUCUGAGAAAUAAAAUCAUGAGAAUGAAAGUAAAA